AUGCACCUUUCACAGAAAGUGAAAGUGACUCAGGUGCCAGGCUUACGAGAGACAGACAGCGUGAUAUACUCUAUCUCAAGAUGUUCUGGCCUGACAGUAUCACCUACCGGAUCCCAGGACCCCAGCCAGCCUCUAAACUUGCUUCCAACUCCACGGAAUCUCCCUUCCUCUUGCAUUCGCUCCUGCAGGCUCACCAACUUGACCUACCUUCUUUACUGGCCUCCAACCCCAGGAGUUGAGGGGGACCUUUUGGCUUCCACCAGCCCCAAGACCUCCACUUACCACCUGAGAGGUCCUGCCCAGGCCAGCUAUACCCUGGGAGACUACUUGGAGGCUGUCCUUGUGGCCUGGGACCACCGGGGCAAGCCCAAGACCCAUGGUGGAGAUCUGUUUAGGGCAAAGGUGCUGGGCUCAGAAUUAAAAGCAGGGGUUCCCGGGGAUGUCCAGGAUCUGGAGAAUGGCACAUACCUUUUGUCCUUCCCCUUGCUUUGGGCUGGGAAGGCCCAGGUGCAAGUGCGACUGAUCCACUCCAGUGAGGCAAUUGGGGUUCUGCGCAGAAUCUGGACAGAGAAACAGGCCACCGUUAGUUUUAGGAGAUAUUUCUGGGGAACACAAGGGCCUGAAGAAACUGUGAUUUGCAAUGUUGACCCUCAGUCAACUGGCACUAAAAGGGCUACCUGCCAGUACAGGGAUGCAGUUUCUGGUGAGCUCUGGUUCUGUGCGCAGCCUCCUACCUUGCCCUCCAACUCUUUAGUUGGUCACUCAAGUGGGAGUUACCUAAAAGUAACCACAAAACAUGAUGAGAAUCUACUGGCAUGGAAUGUGACAGACCAACUGCUCUCUCAGGGCAUUUCUCCUAUCCUGGUCAGACUUGCAGCCACAAGCAACACCACUCUGGUUGUGCGUCCUGAACAGCCGUGCUACCCUGGGAUCCCAACCCCAAAGCCCUCUGGCUUCUACCAUGGAAAUGUCUGGUACUCCCCCUGCUCCAGCUGCUCCUUGCCCAUAGGGGACAGCAUCGUGGGCUGCCUAGCUGGCCGCAUCGUUCAUAAGAUGGGGGACUCCACGCUUUGGCUGUGGUGGGAGUAUCUGCGUGAUACCGUGCCCUCCCUGAAGCCUGUGGAUCUCCAUGCCACAUAUCACUCGGGGCCACUGAUGGCCAUGGACAUGACUUGGGGCAUAGUGCUGCACUGGCGGGCCCACAGCUGGCCCCUGGACACUCUCCGCACACCAUUGGCCUCCCUGCACUCAGCGGUCAGGUAGCUGACAGGCCUCGCCGGGAGUCCACACACCGUGGUUGUGCUGGGCUUGGGACCCCACUUUACCACCUUCUACCCCUCCAUCUUUGUGCGAUGGCAGGGAGGGAUUCGGGCAGCUGUGAUGGCCCUGCUGGCCCAGGCACCCAGUACUCUUGUGGUCAUCAAACUGGCCAGUACUGGCUACAAGUCUGUGGGCAGUCACUGGCUCACCCUACAUGUGAACCGGCUCCUUCGAGCUGCCAUUUCUAAUCUCCGUGUGGCCUUUGUGGAUGCCUGGCAAAUGACCUCCAGCCUGGCCCUACCAGACAACAUCCACCCAGUGAAGCUCAUUGUCAGCAAUGAGGUGGACCUACUCCUCUCCUUCAUCUGUCCCACCUAA